CACGAACUAAACCUUCUCAUAUUCGUCAAGUAUUCACCGCGUGUCCACCAAACACACGGAGCGAACGCUAACAAAGGUAUCUCACAAUGAGCAUCAAGUGACAAGUCAUCCGGGGAAAGAGCCCUCAGAUAUGGACACAUUACAUCUUUAACCCUCAAAACACCGCAUCACUUCCGCCGUUUCUUCUCUCGUCUCUCCAGCGGAGCGUCACCUCAUUCUCCGUCGUUCUUCUUUUUCACAGAGAGAAAUGUCUGCUGCCGGAGAUGUGCCUGCCUUCUUCCACAACAUGGGAAGCUCGAGCCCUAAUCAGCCCCGGCAGAAAUUCUGUGGCAUGUUCUGCCCGGUGGAGGGUUCAUCGGAUAACAAGACGCUGGACUUUGACUCGUUGUCCUCAGGGAAAGGUGGAGUGAUCGAGAGGCAGAGGGACAUCUCCAAAGCGAGGAAGGUGGAGAUCAGAAGGAGCGCUGGAAAGGAGCUUCUGCAGAACCUGAAUGAUGAGAGUGACCGUCUCCUAAUUAAAGGGGCUAAGAUCGUGAAUGAUGAUCAGUCAUUCUGUGCCGACAUCUAUAUGGAGGAUGGCCUGAUAAAGCAAAUUGGAGAAAAUCUAAUAGUGCCCGGUGGGGUGAAAACCAUCGAUGCCCAUGGGCGCAUGGUGAUGCCUGGUGGUAUUGAUGUGCACACACGCUUCCAGAUGCCUGACAGGGGCAUGACUGCUGCUGAUGACUUCUACCAAGGCACCCGCGCUGCUCUGGCCGGAGGAACCACCAUGAUCGUUGAUCAUGUGGUGCCUGAACCCGGGACGAGUUUGAUCUCAGCCUUCAAUCAGUGGAGGGAAUGGGCGGACAGUAAAGCCUGCUGUGAUUAUUCUCUUCACGUGGACAUCACUGAGUGGCAUAAGGGUGUUCAGGAGGAGAUGGAGGCGCUCGUCAAAGACCACGGCGUUAACUCUUUCCUCGUCUACCUGGCCUACAAAGACUUUUUCCAGCUCACUGAUUCACAGAUCUACGAAGUGUUCAGUGUAAUUCGGGACCUCGGGGCCAUCGCUCAGGUCCACGCUGAGAACGGAGACAUCAUAGCCGAGGAGCAGCGCAGGAUCUUGGACUUGGGUAUUACUGGACCAGAGGGACAUGUCCUCAGUCGUCCAGAGGAGGUGGAGGCGGAGGCAGUGAACCGCUCCGUAACAGUAGCCAAUCAGACCAACUGCCCACUUUACAUCACUAAGGUUAUGAGCAAGAGUGCCGCUGAUGUCAUCGCCCAGGCCAGGAAGAAAGGCACCGUGGUGUAUGGAGAGCCAAUCACAGCGAGUAUUGGCACGGAUGGAUCGCACUAUUGGAGCAAGAACUGGGCCAAGGCUGCCGCCUACGUCACGUCUCCACCCUUGAGUCCAGAUCCCACUACACCAGACUAUCUCAACUCACUGCUGUCCUGUGGGGAUCUGCAGGUAACAGGAAGUGCUCACUGCACCUUUAACACAUCCCAGAGAGCUGUGGGUAAGGAUGACUUCACCCUCAUCCCUGAGGGCACCAAUGGCACUGAGGAAAGGAUGUCCAUCAUCUGGGACAAAUGUGUGGUAACAGGAAAAAUGGAUGAAAAUCAGUUUGUGGCUGUCACCAGCACCAACGCUGCUAAAAUAUUCAACCUCUACCCGCGCAAGGGCCGCAUUGCUGUGGGCUCAGAUGCCGAUCUUGUUCUGUGGGACCCAGAUGUUACGAAGAUCAUCUCAGCCAAGAGCCACAAUCUGGCAGUGGAGUACAACAUCUUUGAGGGUAUGGAGGUGCGUGGAGUGCCCCUAGUGGUCAUCAGUCAGGGCAAGAUCGUGCUGGAGGAAGGAACCCUGCACACCACUGAGGGGUCCGGACGCUUCGUAUCCCGCAAACCCUUCCCUGACUACGUUUACAAGAGGAUAAAGGCUCGCAGCAGGCUUGCUGAACUGCGAGGCGUCCCGCGGGGUCUGUACGACGGGCCGGUCUGUGAAGUGUCAGUGACGCCCAAAGCUGUGACCCCUGCUUCCUCUGCUAAAACCUCUCCUGCCAAGCAGCCCGGGCAACCCGUCCGCAACCUGCACCAGUCCGGCUUCAGCCUCUCUGGUGCUCAAGUUGAUGACAACAUCCCUCGUCGCAACACCCAGCGCAUCGUGGCGCCCCCUGGUGGCAGAGCCAACAUUACCAGCCUGGGCUAAACCCGUCCUCCAGCCCACAGGAGAGCAGGGCGUUGGGGGAGAGAGGUGUCAAUAAACGAAGGUGUUUGCCCAAACCACCGUAUCAAAUCACGAACUGAACCCUCCACAGGGCCUAUGAUUCUGCACUCUCGACUCUCCCAACCCCUGAUCUUUCAUCCUCAUUCCCAUUGUUUUCCCUUUCCCAACCCUACACCACUUCCUAAAGGAGACAUCUAGACAAGAAAAAAAAAAAGAGUAUUCGCCUCAUAUGAAGAGAGAAGGAAAGAAAUCCACCAUCCACAUUUGAGCACUUCUGAUUGUAUGAUUUUUAUACUGUACCUUCUACCCGCCACGAGUCAUGGUAUUAUUUUUGUAUUUAACUUUAUUUGCUUUUUUUGGAAAUCAGAGGGAUCAAGUGUGUGUACUAGAAGCUGUUUACUCAUUAACAAGAGCAAGGGUUUAGCAUACUGAGUUUCUUAUGUCAUCGUUUGUGGCUAGAAGUCAAUUAAAUUAGGAAUUUAUUUGAUUUUUUUAGGAUUUUUUUAUACAAUUUGUACUCAGUUUACAUCAGUGUCAGCAUCAGGUUAUAUUCCACCCGUGCCCUUUUCCUUGGCAUUCAGUGCGAUCAUUUCUGUACCAGUCAAAAAAAGGAAGCUUUUCCAGUGGUCGCUAAUUAAAAACCAUGUGUCGUUUCACAACCAGAGAUAUUAAAUUAAGCCUGUUAAUGUUAUUGAAGAAGAAACCGCAUGUAAAAACAAGCAGCUUAGCAACGUUGGAGAAAAUGAGAAGAGCGCAAGUCAUUCUAGCUGGAAAAAAAAAACAUCCUUGUUUUGGCUUCUAACUCUUUUUUUGGGGGGGGAUCGAGCUGCUUUCUUAAAGGUUAGGAAUAUGAGAAUGUCAAGGUUUUGUUUGGCCGUGAAGAAAUGGUGAGCUGUUAAUAAGAGGAUUUUAGGAGGUGUUAGCUAAAGAAGACACAAUGCAGAAUUACUUUUUGGUUUUACGUCACUUUUAAAAAAACAGCUUGUUUGUGACGGUGUGGAACUAGUUACAUUUUUACUACCAAACUAAAGCCAAGUUUAAGUUUUGACAUUAAAAAAGCUGGAUACAUAAUCUUACAAAGCAUGCUCCAUGUAAAAGCAUACCCAGACAUUUGUGCACUAGGACGAUUCAUUCAUUUCCAGUAUCUGUAUAUUUGCUCCAAAAGAUAUGAGCAAAAACAUUGUUGUUUUCAUUUAAUACAGUUGUUGUUAGUCCUGUCACACAUGCACAGCGUCCAAAAGUGCAUAUUCUCGUACUAUAAGCUAUUUGAAAAACACUAUGUCACCAGAAUAGUGGGUCUGAAUUCAUAGUAUUCGAAAAACUGUAGGUGAGAAGUUCCCGGAUGUCCUACAACUUCUGGAGAGAUUUGGAAGUGUGCAUCCCUUUACUAUCAUAAGGCCCUGGAAGAGAAUUUGUGAGUGGGAGUGAUGCCUCAUUCACACUAGCAGCAGCUUUGUAGCUGCCUGUCGCUCUGGGUAGUGACCUGCUGCAAAUGAAGGUCUGUGUAAGUCUGUACAGCAUGAAUACAACCAGACUCUGAGCAAGCUGAGAGAGGAUCACGUGAGCUCUACUAGUGCUCCUAUUGGCUGUCGCUCGAGAAAGUCAUUCUUCAUUUGCAUGAAGUUGAAGGAUUCUCAACUUUGUCACGGUGCUCGAUACACACACCUGAUCGCCAGCGGUCACUGUCACUCGCUUAGGCAGAGGUCGCCGAAAGUCAUUCGCUCUCCGUUAAAAUGAACAAUCGCUGGUCACUUUGCCACUGGAAGUCGCUCGUAGUUAGAAUGAAGCUUAAAGCAACACAACUAACUAAUUGGUCAUGAUGUAGUGUGUCUGAAUCUCAUUUAUACUAUAUAUUCAUACUAUAUAAAACAUACUUUUUUUAAUGGUUGUGAAGUAAGUUUAAAUUCAAUUGUAGUAUCUGCUCGGAUAGUAUCCGAUUUCAUACAAAGCUUUGAUCCUAUUUUUGUUUUGUUGUUGUUCUUGCGGUGUCUUUUCCAAUUGUGAAUGGUUCAGUUCAUUGUUCCCCCUUGUGGACAAUCUAAGUAAUGCAUAAUAUACGAUGAAUGCUUAAACUUUACUGUAUACUCCAGAUUGUAACCGUACACGAGGGUCUGUAUCAGCGGCGCCAGUGGCCGGUAUGGUCCCCAUGACAACAUUUUGAUGGUUGAAAGAUGGAAAGGGAAGAGCAGGGGGUUGGGAUUGGGAGGGUGUCAUGGACUAAAGUGAAGAGCGGGGGGAACGGGGUGUCGUGGAUGAAACGAAAGUAAAGACCGAGAUGGGGUGGGAUGUGGCGGCUUCUCGCAGAUGGAAAUGAAGAGGCGGUGGGGUGGUGUUGGGUGAUUGGGGGCCCCAAAACGAUGUGGACCCUUAGAAUUUAGAAUUGUCCAACCCCCCCCCGUGGCACCCCUGGUCUGUAUGUAGUGUGUAUAAUGAUUCCAUAUUUGGAACAGUUUUUGCGUUUAUAAAAGUCCUGCAGUAAGCAUAUUGACCUUAUUCUUCAAUGCAGAAGUGCGCUCUUUUUU